AUGGAUGCCUACUCGGGAUACAAUCAUAUCCCCAUGUAUGAGCCUGAUCAGGAGCACACCUCCUUCAUCACAGACAGAGGCCUAUAUUGUUACAUUGGCAUGCCCUUCGGACUCAUCAAUGCAGGAGCAACCUACCAGAGGUUAGUAAACAUGAUGUUCAAGGAUCAAAUCGGAAAAACCAUGGAGGUGUACGUGGACGACAUGUUUUUCAAAUCCAAGAAAGCCGACGACCAUGUGUCUCACUUGUCAGAUAUGUUCGAGAUCCUAAGGAAAUAUAGGAUGAAGCUCAACCCCCAGAAGUGUGUUUUCGGAGUGGAAUCAGGAAAGUUCCUCGGCUUCAUGGUCAACCACCGAGGUAUCGAGGCCAACCCCGCGAAGAUCAAAGCCUUGUUAGAUAUGAAGUCCCCGACCAACGUCAAACAGGUACAAAGCUUAACCGGGAGGAUAGCUGCUCUAAACAGGUUUGUGUCGAAGUCCUCAGAAAAAUGCAAAGAGUUCUUCAAGGCCGUGAAGGGCGCAUCCAAGGACUUUGAAUGGACAGUAGAAUGUGAAGACGCUUUUGUGAAAAUCAAAAAACACUUGGGCGAGCAACCCCUCUUAGCUAAACCUAAUGAAGGUGAGACGCUCAUACUCUACCUGGCUGUCUCAGACUAUUCCAUUAGUGCCGUGUUAGUGAAGGAGGACGCGGAAGGUCAGUCCCCGGUCUACUAUGUAAGUAAAAGGUUGUUGGAUGUAGAGACUCGUUACACGAGUAUGGAAAAGUUGGUGUAUGCGCUAGUACAUGCAUCCCGAAAGCUACGACUUUACUUUCAAGCGCACAAGGUAGAGGUUAGAACCGCGUACCCUCUUCGACAGAUCAUGCACAAGCCAGAAGUCACAGGCACCCCCGAAGAAGGUAUCCCUGAGCUAUGGUGGGUGUUGCACACCGACGGGGCAGUAAACAACGAUGGAGCAGGUGCAGGUAUAGUGUUGGUAAGCCCCGAAGGACAUAGGCUCUUGAAUGCGAUUCACUUCACCUUCCAACUAUCUAACAAUGACGCGGAAUAUGAAGCGUUGGUUGGAGGCCUGAAACUAGCUCUCGAGAUGAAGGUGAGACGCCUCGUGGUAAAGCUUGACUCGAUGUUGGUGGUAGAGCACAUCAAAGGAGGAUAUCAAGCUAAGGGACCCAAGACGGCUAUGUAUCUCAGAUGCGUCCAGAGGCUGCUAGAUCAGUUCGAAGAGGUGCAAGUGAAUAGUGUACCUCGGGAAUUCAAUGGAGACGCCGACGCCUUAGCAAAGUUGGGAUCUCAGAAAGACGCAGCCCUAUUAGGAGUAAUUCGCUUGGAAAUCCAGGAGAUACCUAGCAUCCCGGAGUUAGAUGUCAUGGAAGUGGAAGGUAACGCUAAGGGUCCAACAUGGAUGACCCCGAUAUGGGAGUUCAUCAAAGAAGGAAUAUUACCCGAAGAUAAGGCUGAAGCUCGGAGGCUAAGAUACAAAGCGACCAGGUAUGUGGAAUAUGAUGGCAAGCUAUAUAAGAGGGGCUUCAACCAACCAUCACUGAAGUUUAUAGACGGUGACGAGUGCACCUAUGUGAUGAGGGAGGUCCACGAAGGCAUAUGUGGGAAUCACUCGGGAGGCAACUUGUUAGCUAUGAAGAUUCUGAGACAAGGGUACUAUUGGCCUACCUUAAGGAGUGACGCUUUCGAAUUUGCCAGGGCAUGUGACAAGUGCCAACGGUUCGCCAACUUUACCCAUAACCCAGCCACAUCCUUAACCAGCAUGACCAGUCCUUGGCCUUUUGCCAUGUGGGGGAUAGACUUGAUUGGGGAGCUUCCUAAAGCCAUGGGAGGUGUGAAGUAUGCAGUGGUGGCUGUGGAUUACUUUACCAAGUGGGCGGAAGCCGCGCCCUUAGCUACCAUCACAGCCAAAAAGAUUAAAGAUUUUGUUUCUAACUCUAUUGUGUGCAGGUUUGGAAUUCCUUACAAGCUGAUCUCAGACAACGGAAAGCAAUUCGACAGCAAGGAGCUGAGAGGCCUUUGCGAUGACCUUGGAAUUAAGAAGGACUUCUCAGCGGUGUACCAUCCUCAGAGCAACGGGCAGACAGAGGCGGUGAACAAAAUCAUCAAACACACCUUGAAGACAAAGUUAGAGGAUAGCAAGGGGAACUGGCCAGAGGAACUCCCAAUGGUGCUAUGGUCUUACAACACAACUCCUAGAACUACGAAUGGGGAGUCACCGUUUGUGUUAGCGUAUGGAUGUGAGGCCAUGGUCCUUAUAGAAGUCGGAGCUGGAUCGUUCAGAAGAGAUUACUUUGAAAAGGUAGACAACGACGCCAACCAGAGACUAUACUUGGACAUGAUCGAGGAAAUUAGAGCUACGUCGCAGAUACGGCUAGCCACUUAUCAGCAAAGGACGGCAAGGUACUACAACAGCAAAGUGAAGGCACAUCCGUUCCAGGUUGGAGAUCUCGUUCUCAGGAAGGUUGUACUCAACAACAAAAACCCUCAACAUGGAGUCUUCGGUGCUAACUGGGAAGGCCCUUAUUGGGUGAAGGUCAUUCUAUGGAAAGGAACCUACAGGUUGGAAGACCUAGAAGGAAAACCCGUUCCGCGCCCUUGGAAUGCGGAACACCUAAAGAAAUACUACCAGUAG